CUGAAGCAGGAGGCAAAAGCGCCCGCGCGCCACGAACGGAGCCACACUCUGCACUCUCGCGCGCAGCAUCCACCGAGCCGUGCAUCUGACCGCUCGUGCGUCCAGCCAGUCAGCACAGGGAACCUUCGUGUUGUGUGCUGAUUUUUUUUUAAACUGUGCUUUCAUUUAAUUUAACAAAGCGGAGGAGAAACGUGGAGCAGACCAGCAUGAACGCGCGAGACACCGAGCUGCCAUCCAUAGUAUAAUUAACCAUAACCCCGCAGCGGCGGCAGCAGCGGAGGCAGCAGCGCGGGGUCUGGGCUGAUCGCGCGCGGACUGGAACUCCACGGUCUCUCCGGUUUUACCGCGAGCUCGCGCCUCGCUGGAGUUUAACGGACAGCUUAGACUGAGCGAACCGGUCGGAGAAGUGAAGCGCGAGGUGCCGGGACUGAACGGAGGAGCGUUUGGACCGGAGCUCGCGGGCUCUCUGGAGUUUAACGGACAGCAGCAGCAGCGCGGGCACUGAGGAGCCGGUACUCACGCGCCGGACUGACUCUGAUUCUGACUCGGUUCUGAAGGAGAAGAACAGAACCGUAACCGGACCGUUUGAACCGGAAUUAAUAUUUUUGCCCUCGUUAACGGCGUAACGCAUGGUGGGAAUUUCAGCCUCUCUUCAGUAUCGCACUGAGAAGCGCUCCACCAUGCCCGACUCACCUGCCGAUGUGAAAACACAGUCCAGGUUAACUCCACCCACCAUGCCUCCUCCCCCCAGCACACAGGGAGCUCCCCGAACCAGCUCCUUCACUCCCACCACACUAACAAACGGCACCAGUCACUCUCCCACAGCGCUGAAUGGAGCUCCCUCGCCACCCAAUGCUUUCAGCAACGGCCCUUCAUCCUCAUCUUCGUCUUCUCUGGCCAACCAGCAGCUGCCUCCAGCCUGUGGUGCACGGCAGCUCAGCAAACUGAAGCGGUUCCUCACUACAUUGCAGCAGUUCGGCAAUGAUAUCUCACCUGAGAUCGGUGAGCGUGUACGCACGUUGGUGUUGGGCCUUGUGAACUCCACUUUAACCAUAGAGGAAUUCCACUCCAAGCUGCAAGAAGCUACAAACUUCCCGCUCCGACCUUUUGUCAUCCCAUUUCUGAAGGCCAACCUGCCGCUACUGCAGAGGGAGCUGCUGCACUGCGCUCGGCUGGCCAAGCAGAACCCGGCGCAGUACCUGGCCCAGCAUGAGCAGCUGCUACUGGACACCAGCAUCACCUCCCCCGUCGACUCCUCCGAGCUGCUGCUGGAUGUCAACGAGAACGGCAAGAGGAGGACGCCAGACAGAACCAAAGAGAAUGGCUUUGAGAGGGAGCCGCCACAUCCAGAGCACCCCAGCAAACGGCCCUGCACCAUCAGCCCCGGGCAGCGUUUCAGCCCCUCCAACGGCAUCUCCUACCAGCCCAAUGGUUUGCCUCACCCAACGCCCCCGCCUCCACAGCACUACCGCCUGGACGACAUGGCCAUCGCCCACCACUACAGAGACAGCUACCGCCACCCAAACCACCGCGAGAUCCGCGAACGCCCUCGACCCCUCGGGAUGCACGGAGGCACUCGUCAGGAGGAAGUCAUUGAUCACCGGCUUACAGACAGAGAAUGGGCCGAGGAGUGGAAGCACCUUGACCAUGUAAGAAAACUGCUGAACUGCAUCAUGGACAUGGUGGAGAAGACGCGGCGCUCUCUGACCGUGUUGAGGCGGUGUCAGGAGGCCGACCGCGAAGAGCUAAACUACUGGAUCCGCCGUUACAGUGACGCAGAGGACCUAAAAAAGAGCUCUACCAGCAGCACCAGCCAAUCUAGACAGCAGAGCCCUGCCAGCCAGGAAAGCAACCCUACAGAGAUCCACCGGGAGCUGCUCCACAGGCCAGGAUCUGGCUACGUUCCUGAGGAGAUCUGGAAAAAAGCAGAAGAGGCUGUGAACGAGGUGAAGAGGCAGGCCAUGUCUGAGCUGCAGAAAGCCGUGGCUGAAGCGGAACGCAAAGCUCACGAUAUGAUCAGCACAGAGCGUGCUAAGAUGGAGCGCACUGUGGCCGAGGCUAAGAGGCAAGCAGCGGAGGACGCACUGUCGGUUAUUAACCAGCAGGAGGAUUCUAGUGAGAGCUGCUGGAACUGUGGACGCAAGGCGAGCGAAACCUGCAGUGGCUGCAACACGGCGCGCUACUGCGGCUCCUUCUGCCAGCACAAGGACUGGGAGAAGCACCACCACGUGUGCGGCCAGACCCUGCAGGCUCAGCAGCAGGGGGACGCCCCCGCCACCGUCAGCUCCUCAGCCACCCCCAGCAGUGGCGCCGGCAGCCCCACAGACACUCCCUCGGCCGCCACACCCCGCUCGGCCACGCCCGGCACCCCUUCCACCAUAGAGCCGACGCCGCGCUAGAGCCGGAGGCCGCCUCACACACAUCUUCACAGCCCACUGGGACUGCCCUCUCUGCCUCGCUUGCUCAAAGAUGGUAAAAAAGCUGACGUGCUGACAAAGAAAGAGACUGGUUCCAGAACGAUCACCCACCGGAGGUCCAUAUCGGGUCAUAUUGACUUGCCAUGAUAGAGAACGCAAAGAUAUUCUUUGUUUGAAAUUCUCAGUGUCCUUUAUUGAUAACUAUAGCUACUAUUGAUUAUUGUCGUUAAUGUUCACUGUCGUCAUCGUCGUCGUUGCUCUCUCUUACGUUCCUGUAAAUAAGAAGAAACUGAAACUGAAUAGACAGCUGAGACCUCUGGAUGAGCACAUUUGACCUCCCCUUUGAUUUAUUUUAUUUUUUUACUUUUGUUAAUUCGUUCGUUCGUUUGUUUGUUUUAUUCGUUUGCCGUCCUCUCAAAGCUCCUCCCCCUCUCCAGUAGCUGGGAUAUGAAACUAGUCGUACCUCAUUGAAAGACACUUUACCAAACUACAAACCAAGGGAUUACUUCAUCGCUGUUGUAAACACAAAGACACAAAGAUGUGUGAUACAGAGAAAGUAAGACAAUGAAAAACAAUGAAGGAAAAAUAUGGGAAAAUAUGCUGCAAACGGCAUCAGGGCAGGACACCACGGACUGGAAGAUGGAUGGCAUCUUUGGGUUACUUACUGAACUCUGCAGACCCUCAGCACAGUGUGCAGAUGUGCAGCAGAUUGUAAAAGAACACAGAUGUUCAUCCCUCUUUUUUUUUCUUUCACAAAGCUUCUGCAAGACAUUUGAUCGUAUCCAGGUCAGUGGUCUGAAAAAUAAAAGUCUGUUUCACAGAGGAAUGUAAAGACGUUGAGGGCCGAGCGGCCGAUGUGAUUGGCGGAGCGCCUCACAGCGCGGCCAGUGAAGGAACGGUGCCGAUCCUAAACGCUCCCAGACCGGAAGUGAAGUCAUCAUCAGCGCACCCGAGCAGGACUGUCAGAUCCUCACUGCUCACUGUGACAGCGGCUUGGAACAAAAGGGCUGAAAAAUGACCCGUGUACACAAUCACACACACAAAGACAAAACAGGCAAGUUCUUCUGCUCCUGGAAUCAGUCCAAACCUCUCCUCCAAACCAAUCCUGCCCAGCUCCAGUCCUUCCAUCAAUCCUUUAUCCGUUUAUUUCUUCCCCCCUCCCUCACCUCUCUAAGCUUUGUUUGUGUUGAACAUUCAUGUCCUGUAUUUUGUCUCCAAUGGUUAUUUAUUGUACGUGUUUUUGGACAAUUGUGAUAAUGCAUAAUAAUACUAAAAAAACAAACAAAAAAAAACAAAAAAACUAAAUUCAUACCUUUAGGCUCAUCCCUCUAGCUGGUGCAAAAUGACAUACUCUAUCUUGAGCUGCUUUUCUAUUUGUGAGUGUUCGUGGUAGUUCCCUAGUAGUUCUUUAUCAACAAGAAGAUGAUGAGGAUGAUGAUGAUGAUUUUCCCAUUGUCCUCGAAAAGAAGACAAAAGCUAUCUCUCAGAGCUGCUGCUUCAGUCUAACUCCGAUCUUUUCUGAGAACUAGCAUGUUACACGGAAUGCUAACAUAAAUGUUUUGUACAUGGGACGUACAUAAAUGUACUUGCACUGUCACAGAGUUCCUCUCAGCAUGCUUCUUUUUUGGAGUUUCUCAGUAGAGAGCCUUACUUCACAGAUUUUCUCUGUAGUGCUUCUUGUGACUUUUUUCAUUUCCUGUAAAAAAAAAAAAAAAAAAAAAAAACGAAAAAGGGAAAAAUAGUAUCACCACCUGCUUUCGUUAGUAACGUUUUCUGUCCUGAAGACCUUAGCAAGAAGUCAUAACUUUGCUUUGACUGGUUAUGAACAGUGCAUGCACAUUACUGAACGUUGUAGUAUGUUUUUUUUGUUUGUUUUGUUUUUUGUUUGUUUUUUUUUAUAUAAAACUUUUGAAAAAAAAUUUAGAAAAAAAAUACACUAAGAAACUUACUAACUUUCCAAAUGCAGAGGUGUAAAAUAGACAGCUUUAACACUGCAAAGCACCAGGUUAACACAGUAUUACAAAAGAAUUAACAUGGAAGACAGCCAAAGACAGACAUGAAGGACCAAAACCUGAUUUUAUCCAAUAUUAAACCAUGAAAAAAAAGAGAGAUUCAUUCAAUUGCACCGUGACUUGUUCUUUGUGUUAUCCAAGUGUUCAUCAGGGGAAACCAACUUCAGUGUCGUGUUUUCAUUUUAAAACCUUUAACACUCUCCUGUCCAGAGCCAAGACCAGCCCUGCUCAGCUUGCACGGAGACAAAGCCACUGAAGCCACUGGAGCCAAUGGAGUUGUAGAUGACUGAAAGUUUACUUUGUUUGCGACAGAGGUCUGACCUAAUGAGCAAUAAAAAUAGAGAAGGUGACAUCAAAAUCUGCUCGUUCAGAGAGCCCAACACAAUUUCCUAGAAGGAGUGAGUGUUUUCCUAGACAGAUGUUAGUGCAGGUUGAAGUUAUCUUUUGCUUCAUCAGCUUUAACUGGUCGGACUAUCACCCCAGAAGGGCACACGGCAACGGGGGAAUUUGGAAGUGUCUAACUAAAGCUGUGGCACAUAUUCAUGAAGAACAUAUCCUUACACUGAAGCACUGAAGCGUAUCUGCUCAUGUGAUACAGUAAAGCCAUGUAAAAUAGAAAGAGAAACCAUUGAAGUUUAAAAUGAAAUGAAGGUGAAAUAAAACAAAAGAAAACCUCAGCAAUGGCUUAGGAAAAAGAGGGGGGCUUUAUAAGCACUUAUCCCUCAGCACUAGGAGCGCUGGCCCCGAAACCAUGGUGCUAAAACAUCUAGGAGAAGAAAGGCUGGAUCUGAGCUGUCUCUGGGCUUUCUCUCUCUCUCUCUCUCUCUCUCUCUCUUUCUCUCUCUUUUUCUCUAUUUCUCUCUUACUGUCUCUCUCCAAUCCCAAAAAAUUCAAAAGAGACGAUGGUGUGUGACACCCAUUCACAUCACAGAAGCUGUGAGGCAGCCAAGCUGUCUUCAAACACUAGUGUAUUGUAUUUAAAAAAUGCACACAGUCCGUGUGGUCGGUGUAUUCAGGGCAAACUGGGUAAAACAAACGAUAAGUACUGUGGGAAGUGUUACGGAAAUGACGAUACUAAUAAUGGAAAAGAAAAACCUAGAAACCCUCUCCCAUAUGUCUGUUUUGCUACGACCUUUUUUUCUCUGUGGCAAAAAGUCUCACUCUACCUCUGACAGCAUGUUUAGAGCACCAGUCGCUGAGCAGAAACUGGUCUAGUCAAACCAAAUGGGCACGCGAGAACAGGACUAAAAUCCAAAGUUAAAAGCUCAUACAGCUGCAAAACCAUAUCACUACUUGGUAACAAUGCAGACCUCAUAAAGAGAAAACCUAAUGAAUAGAAUAAAUAUGCUGAAAAAAAAGAAAAAAAAAACUUUUUUUUUACGUUCCUUUAUGCUUGUCACACACGCAGAUCACCCUGAGUUUGAUUUGUAAGAAAUCAAAGUUGAAUUAAAAAAAAAAAAAAAAAACGAUGAUUUCCGAGUUUUGACUCCAUUUGAUAUACAGUAUAAUUCACAAAGUGGUCGAGUGAGAUAUGUGAUAUAUUCCUUUCCUUCCUCCCUCCCUCCCUCCCUCCCCCCUCCUCCCCCCAUUUUUUCCUCUGUUGUAAGAAAUGCUAGGCCGCUUGUCAGUGUCGUUUAGGUUCAUGUUCUAGAGUCAUACUAAACAUGAGGUGUGUUUGAAAAAAGAAGGCUGGUGAAUUUUUUUGCGCAUGCCCGUUUUUGCCAAUAUGUAAAGGGGGGAGAUGUACAUGAAUUUUGAAAUUUGUAAAGCGAUUUCAACAUUUGGCUAAAGGAAGGGCCAGAGAAACAGAGUGAACUGGUUUAGCCGGGUGGGCACAGGGCGGGGUGGGCUUAGGGCUCUAUGAAAUUUUUAUUGUGAAAAAUAAAAAAAAAAAAAAAAAAAAAGAAAGAAAAAAAAACUCAAAUAAAUGAAAGUUGUUGUGCAAUACUUAAUUGAAACAUGAACCACAGGUUAAUGGUAGACUGACACUGGGGGUGUGCACUUUCAUCACACUUUGUCAGUAUAUUCUUGAGCUUUUGAGUCUACUAUGUCAGAACUGUGGUUUCUUGUUUAUUCUGUUUUGGUUUUUUUUUUUGUUUUCUUUUUUUGAUUUAUUUGGGGGACUAUAAUCAAUGGUCUGUCAGUCUGUGAAUCUUUGCAGUAUGAUUCUGGUAUUGUUGUACUCUUUACUGUGUAAUAAAUAUGUUAAUACCUGCACUAAA